GAUUGUAGUCACUGGCACUGUGGCAGCUACGUAUCCUCAUGAUGGGCGCGACCAGGCCGACUGGUGCUGAGGGGGGGCGCAAUGCGCAGAUCAGCGGCGCUGCCGUCUUGUCCCGAGAGGCAGGCACGCAGGCAAGACCCUGAGCAGGCAGGCAGCGCAGCGCAUCGCAUCGCAUCGCAUCGCAUCUUGGACAUAUAAAAAAAAAGAGAUAGGCGAUGGGCGAUGGGCGAUGGACCGAGGGAAGAGCGGCGCAGCGGAGAGCGGCGCGAUUAAAGUCGCAAAGCACGAGGUCGGGCGCGCUUGCAGAUGGUGUGGGGCAGCAUUGUUGGCACAUCGAGGGCGCGUUUCGAGAUGCGCCAGCAUGGUGCAACCGCUUGCGCAAGGCCAGGCAGACAGGCAGGAUGGCGGCGCGAGGGAUUGUGGGCGGAGCUGGCGGGGGGGGGGCCAAGAGGGCAUUGAUCGAGGCAUGUCACGUUUUUUCGCAUCGCGCACGCAUCGGCAGGUUGCUGGGGGGAGGCGGGCAGCGUUUCAGGUAGGCUGGGCGAUCUGGGGCGCGGGACGAAGCGGGCUUGGGCCUUGGGGGGCGCGCGACAAGCGCAGGCGGGUCGGCGAGGGCAUUCGACUCGCGGCGAGGACGUUGGUGGGCUUUGAGCUGGUCGAGGGCGGGCGCGGCGGACGCGAUGGCGCGGCGAGGAAGUGACGUUGGUGCGGCGGCCCCGGCCCCGGGGAAAUCCAGCCGCCGCGGCCGCCGCCCAGCGCAGCAUGAUCCCUGAUCCCGGUACACCGCCGUCUGUUUACACAGACCUUCUUGCGCUGGCCGUGGUUCGCGCUUUCAAAACACUGGAGUUGUCUUUCCCAUUCCUCCAUCCCGCCAUCCUCUCAUUGUUCCCCAGCAACGCCUUUUAGCCAGAG